UUUCGCCCCUUGCAGUUCCCUCCCACUCUGUCCACCCAUCCACAAGGUUUCUGAAGCUCAUCUCACCUCACUUUUUAACAACACUGUACACUGGAUUGUCACCCUGGAUUGUAUAAUCAUCUCAUCUUGAUCUUCUGGCACCUGCAGGGGAGAUAUUUUGGAUUAUUAUCACCUGAUAAUGAUGCUUCCCCGGUGCUGAUUCAGGCUGUGAGUACAGGAGGCAGAGAGACAGACACCUCAGUAACACUGAUUGAGUGACAGGCCAGAUUGAACAGCUUGAUGGUGGUAAUAAGAUAAACAAAAUAAACCCAAACCAAGGCCGAGAUGGAAUUACGACUGGGAUUUAGGAUCACCCUGGUCUUGGUCAUCCUGGCCUUGACUCUUUCCAUCGAGAAAGUGGAAGCACAAAGAGCAGGAUGUAAAAAUGUCCACUAUGACUUGGCGUUUAUCCUGGAUACCUCAUCCAGUGUUGGAAAAGAGAAUUUUGAGAAGAUCAGACAAUGGGUGGCAAACCUUGUAGAGUCUUUUGAUGUGGCGCCUGACAAGACAAGAGUCGCCGUGGUUCGCUACAGUGACAGACCCACCAUUGAGUUCAACCUGGGUAGACACAGGACCCUGGAGGAUGUGAAGCGAGCUGCCCGUAACAUACGCUACCUGGGGGGAAAUACAAUGACUGGGGAUGCUAUCAGCUACACCACCACCAACAUCUUCACAGAGCGGAAUGGAGCGAGGCCCACAGCCAGAGGCAUUCAGAGGGUAGCUAUCCUUCUUACAGAUGGCCGAAGCCAGGAUUAUGUUCUGGAGCCCUCUAAGGCAGCUGCUAAAGCUGGCAUCAGGAUGUUUGCUGUGGGCAUCGGGGAGGCUCUGAAGGUGGAGUUGGAGGAGAUCGCGGCUGAGCCAAAGAAUGCCCACGUCUUCCACGUCACAGAUUUCAAUGCCAUUGACAAGAUCAGAGGCAGGCUGAGGAGGAGGCUGUGCGAGAAUGUCCUGUGUCCAAACAUGAAGGUUCAACCUGAUCGGUUCAAGCCCAACAGCACCAGUUAUGGUCUUGAAGAGGUUCCAGGGUUCGACCUAAUGGAGUACUUCAACGUGAGAGAUAUUUUAGGAACCAGAGAUGAUGAUGGACAAAGUUCUUACGUUCGCCUUGGCACCAUGCCCAUUGUACAGCAAACAGAAGACGUGUUUCCUCAAGGCCUCCCCGAUGAAUAUGCCUUUGUGACGACAUUCAAAUUCAGGAAAACCUCAAGACGUGAAGAUUGGUACCUCUGGCAGGUUUUUGACAAAUAUGGAAUCCCACAGGUGUCCAUUCGGCUGGACGGUGAGAACAAGGCGGUGGAGUACAAUGCUGUCGGGCUGACAAAGGAUGCUGUCAGAGCUGUGUUCAAGAAUCCUGAAGUUGACAACCUGUUUGACCGCAGCUGGCACAAGAUUGGCCUCAGCGUGGAGGCCAAGUCUGUAUCUCUGUACCUGGACUGCAAACAUAUCCAGACUCUGCCCAUUGAAGACAGGGAGGACAUUGAUAUCCAGGGGAAGACAGUGAUUGGCAAGAGGCUGUAUGAUAGUGUGCCAAUUGAUUUUGACCUCCAGAGGAUGAUGAUUUACUGUGAUUCCAAGCACGCAGAGCUGGAAACCUGCUGUGAUCUACCCAACGGACCUUGCCCGAAGAAAGUUGUUACAGAGGCCCCACCUGUGGAGAUCCCAACUCCAACGCCAACUGUUGCGGAGCAGCAAAUAGGCCCUCAAGUGAACUGCUCCUGUCCCAGCGGAGAGAAGGGAGAGAUCGGCGCUGCUGGUGUUGCAGGACCUAAGGGUGAUAAGGGUGACACUGGCUCUAAGGGUGCCGUCGGACUGCCUGGACUCAGAGGAGAAAAAGGAGAAACUGGCAAAGUAAUCUCUGUCAGAGGUGACAGAGGUGCCAAGGGUGAUACAGGCAGCAUAGGGUUGACAGGUCCUCCUGGACAAAGAGGAGAGAAGGGACUUGGUGGUGUGCCAGGUAUUGAUGGCUUACCCGGAGACAAAGGAGACAAAGGUGAAUCAGGAGCAGCUGGUAAUCCAGGGCUGCCAGGCACAGCUGGACUAAAGGGGAUUCAAGGGGAAGCAGGAAUUCCUGGCUUGCCAGGACCAAAAGGCGUCAUUGGUGAAUCAGGUAGAAAAGGCGAAAAAGGAACUGAUGGAGCCAAGGGCGAGGAAGGUUCCUCUGGAUUACCUGGGAAACCUGGUCUUUCGGGGAAAGAUGGUUUGAGAGGAAUGGCUGGUGCACCUGGUCCCAGCGGAGUUAAAGGCACCAAGGGGGAGAGAGGUCUUCCUGGAUUACCUGGAGAUGUGUUUCAAAAAGACGGCUUGCAAGGUGAAAAGGGAGAAGGUGGACCUCCUGGGCCUCCAGGGCCUGAAGGCCCCCCAGGCCCUCCUGGUCCUCAGGGUCUGCAAGGUCUACCAGGGGAGCCCGGAGAGUUCGGCCAGAGGGGAAAGAAAGGUGAAAGUGGAUUGCCUGGAGUCGACGGCCUUCCUGGACCCCCUGGUCCUCAGGGUCCACCUGGGUCACCAGGAAACCAAGGACACACCGGACCUCCUGGUCUACCUGGUGAAAUUGGAUUUUCAGGAAAACCUGGAGAGCCUGGAAAGCCUGGUAUUCCUGGUAAAGACGGUCUGGACGGUCUUCCUGGAAAUGACGGUGCCAUGGGGCCCAGAGGAGAGCGAGGAGCAGAUGGUUUCCCUGGCAAGGUUGGAAUUAAGGGUGACGAAGGGCCUCCCGGACCAAGAGGACCUCCAGGGGAUAGAGGAGAAGCUGGUUCCCCUGGACAACCAGGUGCUGGUGGAGUAAGAGGAGACAGAGGUGCUCAGGGAGACAGAGGAAAGGAGGGACCAAUUGGGCCAAAAGGCGAUAAGGGCGACAAGGGUGAAGUGGGAGCUAGGGGACUGCCCGGCGCUCCAGGAGAUGUGGCAAACGUCAUCAAUGAGCCUGGUGAACCUGGGAAACCUGGAGAGAAAGGAGAGAAGGGGGAACAAGGGAAACCAGGAGAGAUGGGUCAAAGAGGGUUACCUGGUGAGCAAGGCUUUAAGGGACCAGCAGGACCAGUGGGUCCAAAAGGUGAAACUGGACUUACAGGAGAGACAGGACGUGUUGGAGACCCUGGUCCACCUGGCGUAGCUGGUCCUCCAGGUCCUCGUGGAUUACCAGGGAAUGUGGGCAUACCAGGGAUCAUUGGGCCUCCUGGUCCAGCUGGACAGAGAGGAGACAAGGGUGAAGCGGGUAAACCAGGACAAGCAGGUCCCCACGGCCCACCUGGAGAGUCUGGUUUGACUGGACCUCCUGGACCACCAGGGAAGGGAAAAGACGGACAAACUGGAGAUCCAGGACCACAGGGAAUUCAAGGACCCCCAGGGCUAAAGGGCCAACCAGGAUCACGAGGAGAACCUGGAUUACCAGGGGACAGGGGUCACGCGGGAGAAGGCAAAAUGGGACCACCGGGGCCUCCAGGGAAAAAUGGUGAACCUGGAUCUGCGGGUUUGAGAGGUCCACCAGGUGUCGCUGGUCCUCAGGGCCCAGCAGGACACAAUGGUUUACCAGGAAGGCCGGGAGAGAAGGGAUCACAAGGAGAACCUGGAAAGGCAGCAGACCUCUCUGACCUAGAUCUGAAGGAUGUUUGCUCAGACUGCCCUGCAGGUCCACCUGGACCACCAGGUCUUCCAGGAAUCCCAGGAGACAAAGGACAUCAGGGACCUCCAGGGAAAGAGGGACAAGAUGGUUACCAAGGCCCGCCGGGACCUGCCGGACCUCAAGGGCCCCCUGGAGCUGACGGUGGAAAGGGUGUUAAAGGUGAUCGAGGACCUGCCGGAGGCCCUGGAGACAAAGGAGACAAGGGUCACCCAGGACCUCCUGGCCAUCCAGGUACAGCUGGCCUGAUGGGUACACCUGGUAACGAUGGACAGCCUGGCCCUCCCGGCCCUCCAGGUCCCUCUGGAGAAAAGGGCAAAGAGGGUCUCAAAGGAAUCCAGGGACCACCGGGUCUUCCUGGCUUGAUUGGUCAGCCUGGAAAAAUGGGAAAAGAUGGCAGACCGGGGGAAACAGGAGAAUCUGGAAAGCAAGGUGAACCUGGACCACCAGGAAACCCUGGGCUCAGGGGACUCCCGGGCUUUAAGGGCCACAGAGGAGAACCUGGACCACCAGGACCUAAGGGAGAAGAUGGAAAAGCUGGAUCAUCUGGGCAUGACGGCAAACCUGGGAAGGAAGGCUCUAUGGGACCUCCAGGCCGAGAAGGACUUAGUGGACCAAGAGGAGAGCCGGGCAAGCAAGGUGAACCUGGGCCAUCAGGAAAAGCAGGUCUCCCUGGAACUCCAGGCACUAGGGGAGACAAGGGAGAACCCGGCAGCCCAGGAUUACCAGGCUUUAGUGGGCCUAAAGGCCCCGCGGGUCCACCUGGUCCAGUUGGCCCAGAGGGCAAACAGGGGAUGCCAGGCAGGGCUGGCGAUCGAGGCAACAGAGGAGAUAAGGGAGACCCAGGUGUUAAGGGAGAUAAAGGACAAACAGGAGAAUCAGGUAUUCCUGGAAACCCCGGACCCCCAGGUAGAAAGGGCCACACAGGGAUGAUGGGUAUGUCCGGACCACCAGGAGAAAUAGGACCUCCUGGGCCACAAGGAUCUUCAGGAAACCCCGGUCUCCCAGGCCAAAGGGGAGAGUCAGUAUCACUGGAGCAGAUGAGGCGGCUCAUCCAGGAGGAGCUGGCAAAACAAUUAGAUGCCAAAAUGGCUUACCUCAUGGCUCAGUUCCAACCAGCCCAUGUGAAAAGUACAGCCGGCCGUCCAGGACCUCCAGGCCCUCCGGGUAAGGAGGGUAAUAGUGGACGACCUGGACCCCCCGGAGAGCCUGGUAUGCCUGGACAAAACGGUGGUGAAGGACCCAGGGGACCCAUGGGCCCUAAAGGUGAGAAAGGAACCAAAGGAGAAAAGGGAGAUACUGGUAUCGGUGAAAGAGGAGAGCAUGGACCUCCUGGCCCAAUAGGUCCAGCCGGUAUGCCCGGCUACGGCAAAGAUGGAAGCCCAGGACAAGCCGGUGCUCAGGGAGAGCCAGGAAACCCCGGCCCCCAUGGCCAGCCAGGACCUCCAGGUCCUCCUGGCCAAUGUGACCCCAGCCAGUGCGCAUACUACGCCAGCCUGGCGCAAAGACCCCACACCAAAAAUGUCAAGGGGACUUAAGAAAGAAGAGACACAAAGAGCUUGAAGUCCAGCUGUAUUUAUGAACUUGGUCGUGUCAGUCUGAAUCAAGAACUUUUCUUUUUCAAGAUAACCUCAGUAUGGAGGGCUGAAGCAAUAUGUGCUGCCGGUCAGAUUACUUUGUUUUGUUUGUUUUCGGUAUGAAGCUUGGGAUGGAUGGGGGUAAAGCAUCGAGGGACUAUUUCAGAUUUAAUAUGGGGUAAAGAGGGCAGCUAAACAGUAUUUUUUUUUUCUCCUCACUUGCAUGCUUCCUGUAAAAUAUAUAGGGAGAUAACAAGGAUGAUGCAAUUCCCUCCUCUUAAACCCCCCAUCAGGAGUGAAGAUUUGUAGAUAUUGUAUCAUUUCACCAGUAAUUAUCUCAAAAGUUCAGGCAUUUUCUUGCAGGAAUAUGGCUUUUUUUUUUCUUUUUUUAGCCUCACACCAUUUUGUAUCAGUUACAAUUCACAGCCCACGCUGUCCUCCACCAAGCAAUAGAUGUCAGUCACUGCUCACUAAACUGAUCUCUCACCGGGGAUCUUCUUCCGUCUAUUGAUAAUUACUCAGUCAAGGGAAUUAUCUGUUUUAUUGUCAGUGAUGGGAAAGGGAGGGAGGACAGACAGUAUGAGGCUCAAUCUCAAAUACCAGUAGUGAUUUUGUGUAGGAGGAGUGUUAAUGAGUUAGUGUGGGGAGUGAUGAAUGACCACAUUUGUGCACUUCUAACUGCUUCCAAAGCUGGUGGCAUUGUUUCGGACAGUAAUGGCAACACAAAAACAGGCAGACAAAUAAAAGAACUGUUUAAAGAAAAUUCCCCCUUAAACAAAAAGUGAUCCUGUCUGACUUAUUUAGACAGAUUUCAUGCUGCGGAUAAACUGGAGGCAGCAGAAAUUACUCACAAAUUAGAGCCUUGGCAUUGUUGUUUGUUUUAAGCUUUGGGGGAGAUAUUUUUAAGGAUUUCAUUCCGAAUUCAGUUUAUUUGUCUAAAAAAUACAGCACACUGCUCACACUAUAAGUAAUUUUGUUUAAAUUUGUAUGAUGGAUAUCUAAUUUUGAAAUGAAAGCCUUGAAAUUCUGUCCAAAACCGUAAUAGCAGGAGACGUAUGCAUAAUUCAUACUAUGCCAUGUAAUGAUUUGUUCCAAGCUCACCCACAAGGAUGCCUAUUAAACCUGAGUCUGAAAAGAGCGAUGUCAAGACAGGAAGAAAUGUCACUUUUAGAUUUGUACUUUUAUGUUUAAUGGAGUGGCUCUGGGUCCUUGUUGCUUUGAGGUAUGCAUAGACUUGAGCAGUAAACAGCUUUGUGGUGGUAUAGUUGCAGCCUUUGUUCACCUUUCUUGGAAAGCUGCUUGUUUCACACUACUUUCUUUAAAUGUGUCACUUCCUUUCUGUUCAGUGAGGCUUAUUAAGGGCCUACUCUGUGGCAGUGCCCGGGCAGCUCAGCCCUGCUCUGAAAAGACAUUGCUUUUCUUAUUUGUCCCCUGGAACCCAGAAUUGGAGAGUUGCUUCCCUGCAUCCUGAUGACCAGAGCAUUGUGGUAACCACUUGAAAGAUGUUUUGCCUUACGUCCCUCAUGGACCAAUUACACCUCUCCCUCAACCUCAGACGUGCUGGUCAUCUAGAACCUAUUAUAAAGCCUCAACAAAAGGUAGCACAUUUGUCUUCCUUUCAAAAACAUGAAGAAACACUUCAAUACACCCAAGAACAAAAGGGAAGUGGGGGAACUUCAAGAAGGGAAUAUAGAAACCUCCUUAUGUGAGCCUGCCAAGAAGGUAUGACCUACAGGUCAAAGAUUAUUACUUAUAUGGGCCAGUAAUACUUAAAAUCUCUUGCUCAGGUUACUGGAUGGAAGGUCAUUCAUAAAGAAUGUGAAGUUGGUGACUCUGAACAACUUAGUUUUGUUGGUGAAGCAGACUGUACUUUUUAGUUUGACAAAUGUUUCUCGGCUGCUCUGGAGGCAGGAGUAAUUUAGUUUGUCGAGGUAAGGCGAGACUCGCGUUCUUGAUCUUACAAAUGAAAAGUCAUUGAAAAGUUGCAAUAAAAUGCAUCCUUGCUGAUUUCGGUACACUCAGGGGUUUGGCUUCUACUGCCUUACUUGGUCUGGUACGGCCAGUAGCUUAUGGUGGCUGAUGUUCUCUGAUGUUAUCCUUCAAUUUUCAGUGGCCUCUGUUCAACAAAAGUUACAGAGGCAUGCGUUAAACUGCAGUUAAAGUAUAGGUGUUAUUUUUUGAAGAAAUAGCAACCAAGUGUGGUAUCAAAAUAGAAAACUUGAACAUGAAAUAGGCUUAUUUUAAGGAAAAGGGCUAGUUUAAACUAACUAGUAGUAACUAGUUGCUUUUUGAUGCUUCACCAACAAAGCUGUGGGUGUUAGAAGUUUAACUCAACCAUUGAGAAUCACUUUGCCUUCAGAGCAGCUCUGCCUCAGAUAAAUGUUCAUAUCACUAAAACUACAUUAGGUUCAGAGAAUCAAGUUUGGUCCUAAAUGUGUGACUGGAAUAAAUUGCCUGCUUUGUCAAUAUUGUCAUACCAUUUAAUAUAUCUUUCUAUUAGCUGCUUUUUUUGUCAGUGAUUUAUUAUUGAACAAUCAAUCCGUAUCAGUGUUGCUCUUUCUUGGCUUUGUAAAUGCUUGUUACAGUUACCUAUAGACUAUGUGUUACAGGGUGGGAUGGUAAGUUGCUGCACACAGCUGAAACUUUUUCUAAUGCAUACAAGACAAACAUCUUUCAUGAUUCAAAUUAGCCGUUUUUUUCUGCAAACUGAAAGGUUCUUAAGUUAUACUGCUAAAUUAUUCAUGACUUCAGUCAAUACAAAUGUGUUUUAAUGCAGUAACAAAAUGUAUUAAACCGAUUUCCCAUUUCCUGAUGAAUUGGUGCUAAAAAAUACUUUAAAUUAGUAGCAUAUUGUAAGUAUUGGAAAGACACAUGUACUGUACUGUAUAAUAAAGACUGGAAC